CGGCUCCGUCGAGAGGCAACACAUUUUUUAUUUAAAGAUGUGACAUGCUCAUUGUGUCUACAAAACCCGUUCAGUAUCUCCAUCUCUCAACCACCCAGGAAUUGCCAGCAUAGUUACCCGCAAUGGCCACCGAGUCGAGACCACCUUUUCCACCAUUCACUCUGGAGACGGCGCAGAAGAAGGUCAAGGCUGCUCAAGAUUCUUGGAACACCAGAGACCCAGAGAAGGUCAAGAUGGCCUACACGCCCGACUCCAUUUGGCGCAACCGUGGCACAUUCCUCCAGGGCCGCGACGAAAUCGUCAAGUUCCUAACCGACAAGUGGUCCAAGGAGGACGGCUAUCGUCUGAGGAAGGAGCUGUUCGCUUUCACCGACAACAAGAUUGCGGUGCAGUUCUGGUACGAAUGGCACGACGAGUCUGGCCAAUGGUGGCGCACAUAUGGCCUCGAAGACUGGACCUUCGCCGAGAACGGAUUGAUGAGGAAGAGGCAGAUGAGCGGCAACGAUGUGCAAAUCGACAAUGAGGCGCGCUGGUUCAAGGAUGAUGUGGAUGUGAACACGGUCUCUAUCGGCGAGAAGCACUGGUAGGUUAUCCGUCGAGGUGACGGGAGGCAUACGGCCGGGUGGACGUCAACAUAUAUUCAUACGGCAUUCCCAUUGCCUGGAACAAGCAUAGCAGGG